AUGUCUAUCGAGAAGGAAGAAUGCGAACUGGAACAACUGGUGUCUUCUGACGAAGAACCCAGACCAACUGACAUCGCACAAAUUACACCUCCUAUUACACCCAAGCCUCCUCCGAGAGCACAUUCCCAUUCAGAUAGCCGAACUAAGACUAGCAAUUCACUUUCUAUCGAAAGCCAAAAGAACGAAUGCCACAAAUCUACAGCUAGAUUGUCUAGUACUUCAUCCAUACAUCAAGAUAAACCACAAACCCAACCAUCUAAAGACGUAGGUGGUCCGACUCGCCUGAUGUGUGUUAACGAGAGAUUAGGACGCAGUUCACUUCAUGACUACAAACCACCACGACCGCCACCUCCAAAUUUUAGUAAAUUGCAAAAUAAAAAAGAUGUGACCGAUGUCAGACAAAUGGAGCAAGCCCUACAGCAACUACUUGAAGAUUUUCAUUCUGGCAAAUUACGUGCAUUUGGUAAGGAUUGCAGUAUGGAACAAAUGACAGCUAUUCGUGAGCAACAAGAACAUUUAGCAUGGCUACAUUUUGAACUUGGCGUGAGACAGGAUGGAUCGAAUCCGCUCAGCGAACAAGGCAUUGCCAAAGCUACAGAAAAUAUGCACUCCCUAAUGGCUAGCCUAGAACAGCUGUCUUUAUCCAUUGAAAAAUUACAUUCGUUUAGUAAUUCAACAUCCGAUUAA